CUCGCCUCGUUGCUUGCUCCCAAUUCCCCAGCCGUUUUUUCUGCUUUUUUCCCCUCUUUUCUGUGUGUCGCAGGGGUCAAAGGAUGCCCUCCUCGGAGCAUCAUCGCCAGCUUUAACUUAGUUGCGUCUCCUCUUCUCACACACUUCGUUACCCAGUCUGUAUUCUGGCUGGGCUUGUCUUCGAGGGACGCCUCGGAUGGGGCGCCGGCGCUGGAGAACGUGAUGGCGGUGGUGGAAUCGGGUGCGAGAAAGAGGACUUCGAUGGGCGUGGAGUAGUCUCUGCAAGCGAGCGAGCGAGAGAGCGAGAGGGAGAGCGUGGUGGAUGAAUUGUGGGUUGUUCUAGCUCAUUGCGGCCCACUGAGGCGCAGGUUAUAGUCAUGGCAGACAUGGGCUCAUUCCCGAACAGGGAGAUACCCAGGCAGAAUAAUAGUUACGGUAACAACGGCUAUGGGAAUAACGGAUGUGGUGGCAACGGCUAUGGAAACGCUGGUUAUGGCAACUCUGGUUAUGGAAUUCAUGGCUAUGGGAAUAACGCUUACGGGAAUAGUGGAUACGGGAACAACAACUACGGCAACGGCGGCUAUGGCGGUCAUGGUUACGGCAACCAUGGGCCUGGGCACAACGGCUACAGUCAUAAUAGCCGUGGGAAUGGCGGGUUUGAUACUUUUGAUCGGCGGGGGCAUGUGGAUGUUCGAAAACCCCAGCAGCAGAAUGCACAUCGCAUGCGGAACAACCGACCCACUAAUUGGCAGCGAGGACCUGUUGCACCUGCUCCAUCAUGGCGUGACCAGAGCCGGUCGGCCGAGGUUGGAGGCCGCAAUCACCCUCGACCUCGCACUCCAGAGUUGGUGCAGGCUGAAGCGGCUGGAAGACGACCCUAUUCAACUGGCACGCGAUCAAGUCCAGAUAUAAGUCGUGAAUGGCGUUCGAGCAGGGAAAAUAGCAGGGAAAGGGGUGCCGCGCCUGCACGUGCUCUUGCUGCUUAUGCUGAUGUUGGUGUUGAAAGCGAGGGUAACUUGACGACGUCAAUUGUUGGUACUUGCCAAGACAUGUGCCCAGUUCGUGAGCGGGAGCAGCGUCAAAGGCUCAGGGAUCUCGCUAUCUUUGAGCGUAUCAAUGGUAAUACGGCCAAAACAUCAGCAGAUCUUGCUGUCAAGAAGUUUUGCAGGACUAUUUCUGUUGCCGAAUUGCAUCCUUCAGAUGUACGACCGCAGCAUGUGCUGUGGGGUACGUUACAGUACCUGUUGCAUAUGUUGGACCGACGUGACUACAAUUUUGAAUCUGUUCACGCCUUUCUUUUUGAUCGGACUCGUGCAGUGCGUCAAGAAUUAGGGAUGCAAUGCAUUGCCAACAGCCAGGCCAUUACUAUGUUCGAAGAAAUUGUCAGGUUUCACAUUAUGUCUGAAAGGGAGCUGAGGGAGAAAAAAGUAGCUACUGGAAAUGAAGCAAACUCGCAAUUGAAUUUUCAGCAGCUCUCUAAAUCUCUUCUCACACUCCUUAACCUUUAUGGUGCCGUCGAUGCUGAGGGUGGCUCUGGGUGGUUGCAUGAAGCUGAGUUUUAUGGUUACUACGUGUUGCUGAAUUUGGGGGACCGAGAUAAUUUCAAGGCCGAGCCGUUGUCGUUAUGGUUCCGCAAAGUGCGAUCAUCGGUCCUGCAGGCUCCCGACUUCGUGUAUGCUCGAAAUGUGUUGAGGUGUUACAGGAGCGAUAAUUACAAAGGUUUCUUCGAUUUGGCACAGAAAGCUACCUAUCUUCAAGGCUGCUUAAUGGAGCUGUAUUUUGGUCAGAUGCGUACCUUGGCAUUGAGAGCCAUAAAUUGUGGUAGUUACAAAAUGCACCCCUAUCCGGUGGCAGAUAUUGCUGGACUCAUACUGAUGAAGCAGGGCGAUACUGAAGAGUUGUGCAAGGCCCAUGGCUUGAUAACAGGCAUUGAUAAGGAACAACACUUGUCGCUAAUGGCGAAGCAGGCACCUUUCACCCCUUCCACACAGACAUUUAGACAUCAGUGCACACUAAUUAGUAGAAAGCGGGCUCCCACUUUUUAUGAGGAGAUUGUUGGAGAACGAGGCGAUAUUGAGAGAUGAUGAUUCUGAGCUCCCAUCGAAGCUUGUAAAAUAUCAACUUGGAAGUGGGUUGCCAGGAAUAUAACAUAGUGUACAGGAAGAGCUGUGGGAGUUGAGAAAAGGUGGUUUAUUGUCCAAUUUGGAAUGUGAAGCUGGGUCUGUAUAUCUGCCGUCCACAUGCUGGGUUGCGUAUCAGUGCACAGAGGCAAAGUUCGUCGAUGACAUGCACCACCUGAAAGCUUGGUGAUUAUUGUAGUCCGAACAUAGUGACAUCGUUCUAGUUGAUUUUCCCUGGUAUUCUAUUCCACUAGCUUGAUAUGUCAUCAGCUGCUGCUCUAACGAAAUUCUCGCAAAAUUUGUCGACAUAGCCUUCGUUGAAGGUUUCAGUUUUUAGCUAAAUUUUGCCUAGCUUAAUUUUGUAGAAAUUCUAACAGUAAUCCAACAACGUUCAAGGGAUUCGUGUACA